AUGACGCUCGUCAAAGAGGAUUGUGUCUUAGAAGAUGAGACAGGUACAGCUGAAAUUCACAUUUGGGAUGAGCUCAUCAACAACGUGAAAAAUGGGACAACAUAUGAAUUCCAAAACCUGAACGUCAAGCACUUCAAAGGAAGCACCCACUUAGCAACGACACCAGCAACUACCUUCAAGGAAGCCAGCAAACAACUUAAGUCUGUGCAAGGGCCUACACUACUGGAAAACCCAGAAAAAGAAGUUAAAGUCGACAUGUUCAAGUUUCUUAACAACCUAAGCAUAUUCGUUGCUUGUCAAGCUUGUAAGAGGAAGAUAACAGAGAGUGCCCAUCAGAAGUACAUAAAAUGCAGGAACUGCGGAGUAAGGCAGCGUCAAGGCGAAUGCAAGAGAGAUGCAUCUGUGCAAGUCAAAGUAGAAAUAGCUGGAAAGGAAAUAUGGCUGACAGCGUUCACAAAAGAAAUUGAAAGUCUUCUGGCUCUGUCUCCAGAGCUUUCCCUUAUGAGUGACUCAGAAUCUAUUGAAGACCACCUUAUGGACCUCAAGGAUAUCCACUUCACCUAUAAUGUGAACAAAAACACCAUAACCCAGGUGACAUCUCUUUCAAAUGGACUGGCGCAAUGA